UCUUUCUACAUCUGUGUUGGGCAGAUGCCACAAGCCCUUUGCUUUCAGGUUGGAUGUUGGGUGUGGGGAUAAAUACACAGCAGAGGCCUCCUCAAACCUCACUCUCCCCCUCGUGCCACAUGUGCCGCCACUUCCCCCCAGCAGUUCCCAGCACACCAACAUCUGGAGAACAGCCACUGGUUCUGUCUGCGGCUCCGGUGGGGAUUUGCAUAUCAAGGUCGCCACCCAGCCUGGGAGGAUGGGGAGGAAAAAAAUUCAAAUCUCUCGCAUUCUGGACCAAAGGAAUCGGCAGGUGACAUUUACCAAGCGGAAGUUUGGGCUGAUGAAGAAGGCCUAUGAGCUGAGUGUGCUCUGUGACUGUGAGAUAGCCCUCAUCAUCUUCAACAGUGCCAAUCGGCUUUUCCAGUAUGCCAGCACAGACAUGGACCGCGUGCUCCUGAAGUACACAGAGUACAGUGAGCCCCACGAGAGCCGCACCAACACCGACAUCCUGGAGACACUGAAGCGGAGGGGUGUGGGCCUCGAUGGACCAGAGCUGGAGCCAGAUGAGGGGCCUGAGGGGCCAGGAGAGAAGCUGCGGAGGCUGGCAGGUGAUGGGGGCGACCCAGCUUUGCCCCGGCCCCGGCUCCAUCCAGCAGCCCCCACUAUGCCAAUCCCGGACAUGGUUUAUGGGGCCCUGCCUCCACCAGGCUGUGACCCCAGUGGGCUGGGAGAGGCCUUGCCUGCCCAGAGUCGCCCAUCCCCCUUCCGGCCAGCAGCCCCCAAAGCUGGGCCCCCAGGCCUGGCACACCCUCUCUUCUCAUCGAGCCACCUUGCCAGCAAGACACCAUCCCCCUUGUACCUGGCUGCAGAAGGGAGGAGGCAAGACCUGCCUGGUGGCUUGACAGGAGCCAGAGGAGGACUGAGCACUUCGAGAGGCCUCUACGGGAGCCUGCAGAGUCCUUGCUCUGCUGCAGCCCCAGGACCCCCACUGGGGAGUUUCCCCUUCCUCCCCGCAGGCCCCCCAGAAUAUGGCCUGGGAGACCCUCCUCCACCCCCCAGCUUGCUGCAGCCCCCCACCCUGGCCCCCUGGCAGCCCUCGAGAGGUGAUGGGCCUCCUGUCACACCAACACAGCCCAGUGGGGGCCGCAGCCUGGGAGAGGAAGGCCCCCUGGCCCGCAGCGCCUCCCCGCCAACCCCCCCACUCAACAUCAAGUCUGAGCGCCUCUCACCUGCUCCUGGGGGGCCUGGUGACUUUCCCAAGACCUUCCCCUACCCCUUGCUACUGGCCAGGCCUCUGGCAGAGCCCCUACGGCCGGGCCCCGCCCUGCGCCGCCUGCCCACUGCCGACGGCUGGCCCCGGUAGUGGAUCGUGUGGCACCGGCUCAGACCCCCACAACCC